AUGGGGCACGGAGCCAGCUGCGGCCGCCCCAGCGAGGAGGUGGACUUCUUCGGCGCGGCACAGUCCGGCGACCUCGCCCGCCUCGCCGCCGCCGUCAGCUCCCGCCCCUCCCUCCUCCGCCGCACCACGCUCUUCGACCGCCUCUCCGCGCUUCACAUCGCCGCCGCCCACGGCCACCUCCAAGUGGUUUCCAUGGCAUUGGAUCUUUGUGUGGAGCCGGACGUCGUGAACCGCCACAAGCAGGUUCGUCACGCUUCCCCUCUUCUCUUCCCUGUCGCCCCCUCAGUGGAACGCUUGUCCUCACAUCGUGGGACUUUGCCGCAGACGGCGCUGAUGCUCGCGGCGAUGCACGGGAGGACAGAGUGCGUGCGACGGUUGCUCGACGCCGGCGCCAAUAUCCUGAUGUUCGAUUCGUCGCACGGGCGGACGUGCCUGCACUACGCGGCGUACUACGGCCACUCAGACUGCCUCCGGGCCAUCCUGACGGCGGCCCGGACCGCGCCGGUGUCGCAAUCCUGGGGAUACGCGCGGUUCGUCAAUGUGCGGGAUGACACCGGAGCGACGCCGCUGCACCUCGCGGCGAGGCAGGGCUGGCGCCGCUGCGUCCACGUCCUGCUGGAGAACGGCGCCAUCGUGUCCGCCUCCAGCGGCGCCUUCGGAUUCCCCGGGAGCACGCCGCUGCAUUUGGCCGCGCGCGGCGGGAGCCUGGACUGCGUCCGCCAGCUGCUCUCCUGGGGCGCCGACCGCCUCCAGCGCGACUCCGUUGGGAGAAUUCCAUAUGAGGUGGCGCUGAAGCGAGGGCAUGCGGCGUGCGCGGCGCUGCUGAACCCCUCAUCGGCAGAGCCCCUAGUAUGGCCUUCGCCUCUCAAGUUCAUCAGCGAGCUGGAGCCUGACGCCAAGGCUCUCCUGGAGGCAGCCCUGAUGGAGGCCAAUCGGGAGAGGGAGAAGAGGAUCCUCAAAGGGGCCAAGAAUUCAUUGCCAUCGCCGUCGCAUUCAGAUGACGGUGCCACCGUCUCCGAGGGCGCCGAGGUGUGCAGCAUCUGCUUCGACCAGGAGUGCACGAUCGAGGUCCGGGAGUGCGGGCACCAGAUGUGCGCGGCGUGCACGCUGGCGCUCUGCUGCCACGCCAAGCCCAACCCGGCCACGCAGAGCCAGCCGCUGCCCACCUGCCCCUUCUGCCGCGGCGGCAUCACCCGGCUGGCGGUGGCCACCAGGGCCAAGGCUGGCGACGACGACGACGACGAGGAAGGAGAAGGCAGGCUGGAGUCUCCGCGGCACCGGCGAUCUCGCCGGUCCCUGAACCUCGGCAGCGGCGACGGGGGCAGCAGCAGCAGCAGCCUCAUGGGCAGCAUCGCCUCGUCCAUCGGCAAGAUGGGCCGGCGCAAAACCGACAGCAGCGAGCUGCAGGUGCAGGUCGACGACAAGCCAUAG